UUUGACGCAAUUUGCAAAUGGCCGUGAAAAGGAUUGAGCUUGAGGGUGUAUGAAGUACUAAAUGGUGGAAGAGGCCGUGCUAAAAACUUGUGAUUAAUCCCUAGUUCAGUGUAGUGUUAUCGGAAAGAUACAAAAUGUGCCAAAAGGAUAGGAUCCAGUCUUAAUGGUGGUUUAGGAAGCGCCGAAAACCACUGGAGGAACUACCGAAGUGAUCGCUGAUUGUGGGCUUGGUGCCGAGUGCGUAGCAAGAGUCUAACGUAAGCAAGAAAAAGUUUCUACGCCAAAAAUGAACGAGUUAGACAGCCUGCGCCAGGAGGCGGAAACUCUUAAGAAUGCUAUCCGGGAUGCCCGUAAAGCGGCAUGCGACACGUCGCUCGCGCAGGCGACGGCCAACCUGGAGCCGAUCGGGCGCAUCCAGAUGCGCACGCGCCGCACGCUGCGCGGACACCUCGCCAAGAUCUACGCGAUGCACUGGGGCAGCGAUUCUAGGAACCUAGUGUCGGCCAGCCAGGACGGCAAGCUGAUCGUGUGGGACAGCCACACGACGAACAAGGUGCACGCCAUCCCGCUGCGCUCGUCGUGGGUCAUGACGUGCGCGUACGCCCCGUCCGGCUCCUACGUCGCGUGCGGCGGCCUCGACAACAUCUGCUCCAUUUACAGCCUCAAGACACGUGAGGGUAACGUGCGCGUAUCGCGCGAGCUGCCGGGACACUCGGGAUACCUGUCCUGCUGCCGCUUCCUCGACGACAACCAGAUCCUCACCAGCUCCGGUGACAUGACUUGCGCCCUCUGGGACAUCGAGACGGGCCAGCAGUGCGGGCAGUUCACGGGCCACACGGGCGACGUGAUGUCGCUGUCGCUGGCGCCCGACCAGCGCACCUUCGUGUCCGGCGCCUGCGACGCCUCCGCCAAGCUGUGGGACAUCCGCGACUGCCAGUGCAAGCAGACCUUCCCGGGACACGAGAGCGACAUCAACGCCGUCACGUUCUUCCCGUCCGGCUUCGCGUUCGCGACGGGCUCGGACGACGCCACGUGCCGCAUGUUCGACAUCCGCGCCGACCAGGAGCUGGCCAUGUACUCGCACGACAACAUCAUCUGCGGCAUCACGUCCGUCGCCUUCUCCAAGUCCGGCCGCCUGCUGCUCGCCGGCUACGACGACUUCAACUGCAACGUGUGGGACUCCAUGAAGAGCGAGCGCGCCGGUAUCCUUGCCGGCCACGACAACCGCGUGUCGUGCCUCGGUGUGACGGAGAACGGCAUGGCUGUCGCCACCGGCUCCUGGGACUCGUUCCUUCGCAUCUGGAACUAAGCUCCCCCACACCCCACACCGCCAACACCCGCCCCCCCUAUUUGUGCUGUGCGUCAACUUUGAAACGAGCAUACGAUUGAACUAAAUAAAUACAUCUAAAGAUGAAAGAAAUUUAAACCGUUAUCGUUAUAAUGUAUCGGUAAAAUAUUCGGAAAAUUGUGUUCAACGCUUACGAAUCGAUGAGAUUGUUGCAAUCGAUUCGUUUAAGAAUAUAAACGAAUCGAUUGUUUCGAACGAUCGACGUGUAAUAUUAUCGCUCAAAUAUAAAAAAAACAAAUUUUGUAUGUUAGAUCGAAAAAAUACGAGUCGAAUUUCAAACUUGAUGCACACCACGCACGACGCGCGCUUCGCUAUCCGAACAAAAUGGCCGAACACACAAAAUGGCGUCUGAUUUAUAAUUUUAUAUGAAUAUCGUAAGCGCGCGUCAUUUCAUCCAAUAUGAUUGAUGCGGUGCGUGAAUGGGUCGCGUAAAUGCUUUUUCUAUGCGAAUAUAUUUUUUUUAUUUGAUGAACCUACCGCGUCCCACUCAUUUAAAAUAAACCUUACCUCUUAAUAUAUAAAGGUCGUAUUCGAACGCUUCUGUGUUUAAUUUCGCGGGGCGGUACUAAGCUGUAAGCUCGAUGCUACUCUGAUCUGAUUACCAGUUCGACGCAAUUUUAAACCCUGUCGCGACGUAAUAGAGUCGUUUUAACAGGGCACGACUUUCUUCGCUUAUUUAUUGUAUACAUAGGUAACUUCUAACAAGGAUGAAGCAUUUAAGGGAGAGUAUAGUUAACUAAGUGUGAGAGAUGUGUGUUUGUCGAUCCACUGUUCAUGAUAUAUUUAUAUGUACUAUAGAAUAGACUUCGGAGUCCGUCUGCGGACGGCUAGCGCGGUCCUUCUUGUUUCUUUUGAUUGAUACAAACAUCGCACAAAAAAACGUGAGUGCAUAAAGUAUCGUCUCUUACUAAAGAACCAAAUAUUAAUAUAAUCAAUGUGUAAUUUAUUGUAUGGGAAUUUGUUUGUCGCUAUAUACUAUAUAUAUAUACAUAUAUUUAUAUUAAAUGAUUAAUUCUGGGCUAAUUUAUGAUUUUGAUUACUUUUUAUUAGAUAAGAUUUACUCCGUUUAUGUAACAGAUCGAAUUCAUGUAAAGAUCUCUGUUUGAAAUAAAUUUUGCUCGUAUCUUGGUUUUUGUAUGAAUAUUUUUUAAUAAUAUCGGUUAUCCGACUCUCGAUUGGUCAUUAACUUCGUAACGAUGGCGGAGCACUAUGUUGCCAACACGAUUCAGGGUGACCAUAUUAAAAAAUAUUCGUAUGAAAACGUUGAAAUUCAGUAUAGACGUAAGUAGGGCGAUUUGUAUCUCGUUUACAAUAAACAGUUUUAAUAAUUGGUAUCGUUUGUUAUCUUUCUACAAUAUCCAUAUUUAAUAUGUAAAUUAUAACGGAAAUUGUUCAAUUGAAGUUUUGAACAAUUUUCGUAAUUGAAAAUUGAGACGAUUGUCAGUAAUUAUGUAUAUGUGUAAAAUGAUAUUUAAUAAAAAAAAAAAAAUAGUCACAGGACCUAUAACUAAGUGAAAUUAAUUAUCAAUGUCGGAGAUAAUGAGAUUAGAAAAAAAAAAUAUCGCUGUAAUUAUUUUCAUGAACAUCGUUAAAAGAAAUUUUCCACUUUUCUGAACUUAAUGUUUAUACCAGUGUAUGUCAAUAUCGACUUUACGUCAGUUGAAAUACAGUAUAUAUUAGUAUGAGCUCACACGUGUACUAUUCAAUCGUGUUUUAUACUUACGCUUCUCUGACUUGCACGUGGAAAUAAAUCACAACAAAAUAGUACUUAUGUUCACUUAAAUACGAUUGAUUAUUGAACUCCUCAUGUUAUAAUAGGAUCGUUUAAAAAAAAAACACCGUGCAAGUGUCAAGAGGAAGUAUAACAAUAUUUAUCGGGACGUAACAUCGUGUCUCCGAGUUAAUUUUACUA